UCCUCGAGUUCUUUUUUAGACAGAGGUACCAGAGGAAAACCAGGCGAGGGAGGAAAAGGAAAGAAAGGAACAAAGGAAUCGGUGGCCUUCCAAAUAUCGACCAGGAAGAAAACACGCUAGUUGUGAAUAUCAGUAAACGUGAUCUGACAGGACCCGAGAUGUGUGUCCUUUCUAAGGGUAUGUACCCACUAACAAUGGUGACCAGUUGUGCCUGGAUGUAGAGCUUGAAAAGUUUUUUCGUACCCUAAGACUUAAAGCUUAUUUUGCACAGGGGACGCCAGACACUAACUUGCCACCAUUGGGGAAGGAAGCUGAUAAAGAUGCAUGUGAAAUUGAGGAUACACAAACUGAACCCUGGUUUGAUGCGACCAGAUGCAGGCCAAAGAGUAAGUUUUUUCCUCCAAUGACUAAUCACUGUGUAGAAACCUUGGUACAAGCAGUGCAAAGGGACAUCGAUAAACUUAAAUGGACAAGGGGCAGGUAUAGAUCUAAUAAUCUGUCUAAGGAGGAACGUGAGGCUUUACAGAGCCUUAGGAAUGACACAUCCAUCAUUAUCAAGCCAGCGGAUAAAGGUGGAGCCAUUGUGGUGAUGGAUGUGGACACCUAUAGGUCUGAAGCAUUGUCCCAGUUACAAAACACAUUGCAUUACAAAAUUUUGGAUAGUGAUCCAACAAAUGAUUUGAAACAGAUGAUAGAUGAUUUACUUAAGAUCAGUAAGGAGGAAGGUGUCAUCACAAAUAAAUUGAAAAAAUUUUUGCAAGUUGAUAACCCUAUCAUUCCUGUGUUUUAUCUUUUACCAAAGAUACAUAAGAAUCUCCAAAGACCGCCUGGGAGACCCAUUGUGGCAGGGAUGUCGUCUAUUUUUCAACCUUUAUCAAUCCUGCUGGACACAGUCCUUAAUCCUGUAGUGGUACGUACCAGAUCCUAUGUAAAGGACACCACACAUUUCAUUAAUAAACUAACUGAGAUUGAGUUGAUUGAAAAAGAUGUAUUCCUCUGCACAAUGGAUGUUUCCUCUUUGUAUACCUCCAUUCCCCAUGAACAGGGAAUUUAGGUUGUCACAGCUGUAAUGGGAAACCUGGAAUGACCUGAUGGGGUGAUGGACUUACUUUUACAAUUCCUGGGAUGGGUCCUCAAGAAGAAUUAUUUUCUUUUUGAGGGCAAAUUCUACGAACAGAGCCAAGGCACAUCAAUGGGGUCAAAUGUCGCUCCUGCUUAUGCUAAUUUAUUUAUGGCACACUUUGAGGAUACUUUUGUAUAUAACAAUCUGGAGUUUUGGCCCUAUACAUUGAUGUGGCUCCGCUACAUAGACGAUUUAUUUUUCAUUUGGCAGGGAUCUGAGAGUACAUUACUAAUGUUUGCUGAAUACCUGAAUUCUAGAAUCCCAACAAUCAAAUUCACCCUUGAAUAUGAUAAAAAACAGAUACAUUUCCUAGAUGUGACAGUCGGAUUGACUGAGGGGAAAUUGACGACCGACAUUUAUAGAAAACCGACCGAUAGGGUCACUUACUUGGACCCUAACAGCUUCCAUCCACCCUCUACGAUUAGGGGGUUACCAUACAGUCAACUCUUACGAGUUAAACGUAUUGUUAGUGAGGAAGCCAAUUUUGACGAAAGGUCUGAGGAAAUGUUGGCCCACUUUUCUAGCAGGGGUUAUGAAACCGAUUUGUUGGAAGAUACUAAGGAAAAAGUGAAGGCGAUACCGAGAAGCACCCUCUUAUCUAAAAAAACUUGUAAAAAAUCAGAAAGAUUACCCUUUGUUACCACGUAUUCGAGGCAGUCAGGGUUUGUGAAAGGUGUCAUAAAUCGCCAUUGGCAUUUAUUGCAGAUGGAUCGUAAACUGGAACCAUGGGUAGCUGAACCCCCAAUGAUGGCAUAUAAGAGAGCAUCCAAUCUGAAGGAUCAAUUGGUCCAUGCCUUAAGCGAACCCCAAAGGAAACAAGAUCUUAUGGGACAAUAUCAGUUGAAAAUAAUUCCUCUAUAUAUGGAUGUCAAUUUUUGUAAAAUAUGACAUGAAUUUUUGUAAAAUAUGGCAUGAAGUAUUUAUCAUUAUAUAAGUAAAAUGGGCACUGUCACUUUAAUUAUAUUGCACUUUAUAUAUAUGUAGAAUCAUCAAACAUGAAGCGAGUCAUGGGGUAUAUGUCAAAUUGAUCUUUCCUAAGCAUAUGAAAGAUCAAGGAAUCACUUGAUAUAAUUGCACAUUUGAUGUAUUUAAAUAUGUGUUUAUGAUACACGGGGUAUACGUUUGAGGUUUUAACAUAUAAUGAAGUAUAUAUUAUUUUUAAACUUAAAAGUUUCACUUUUGGAUAUGGCUAUUAGAUGAAAUUGAAAAAACGAUAUGAGAUGUCACAUGAUUUAUAUAUAUGUUUUUAGUUUUUUAAUAAUA